AAUGCUGGUAAAAACCCAGACUCUCGUCUUGGGAGUGGGGAAGAGAAAGCAGACAGAGGGAACUGGAGCAAUAAGAGAGAAUAUCUGCUGUCAAUGAUUGGAUAUGCGGUUGGUCUGGGAAACGUAUGGCGAUUCCCAUAUUUAACAUACCAACAUGGAGGAGGGGCCUUCCUGAUCCCCUACGUGAUCAUGCUGGCUGUGGCAGGGAUGCCGAUCUUCUUCAUGGAGAGUUCCUUUGGCCAGUUCUGCAGCCAAGGACCCAUUAACGUGUGGAAAGCAGUGCCAAUACUGCAAGGUGUUGGCAUUACUAUGAUGCUGGUUAAUACGUUUGUGUCCGUCUACUACAACAUCAUCAUCGCAUACAGCAUCUACUACCUGUUUGCCUCAUUUCAGUUCCCACUGCCAUGGAGUGAAUGCACCAGCUGGUCUGUAAUGGACUGCAACAUCACUGCCAGAGAACACUGCAAUAUGUCUGCUUACAAUGGGAGUUUUACAGCUGUAAAUAAGAGUGCGAUGGCUGAUGUAAAUCAGAUCUGUCCAGAAGAGUUCCAAAAUAGUUUGCCAUUACAGAGCCCCAGUGAGCUGUAUUGGGACCUGGUAGUCCUCCAGCGCACCAGCAGUAUAGAUGAUACGGGGCCGGUGGUGUGGCACUUGGCACUCUCUCUGUUGCUUGCAUGGAUACUGAUUGCAGCAGCUCUCUUCAGAGGCAUCGAGUCCUCUGGCAAAGUGGUGUAUUUCACGGCCACAUUUCCAUAUGCUGUCCUGAUAAUCCUUCUGAUUCGUGGAGUUACACUAGAGGGUGCAAGAGAUGGCAUUGAGUACUACAUUGGCUCUCAAUCGAACCUUACCAAACUGGCUGACGCCGAGGUUUGGAAGGAUGCAGCCACUCAGAUAUUCUUCUCACUGUGUAUUGCAUGGGGAGGUUUAACAGCACUGGCUUCAUAUAACAAAUUUCAUAACAACUGCUAUAAAGACUCCAUCAUAGUGUGCAUCACAAACUGCAGUACCAGCAUCUUUGCUGGCUUUGCAAUAUUCUCCGUCCUUGGUCACAUGGCACAUGUUUAUGGGAGACCAGUUUCAGAAGUGGCACAAGCUGGCUUUGGUCUGGCGUUUAUUGCGUACCCUGAUGCUCUCUCCAAGCUCCCUAUCUCACCCCUGUGGUCCAUCCUGUUCUUUUUCAUGCUCAUAACUCUCGGUCUGGAUUCCCAGUUUGCUGGAAUAGAGGUUAUCACGACAUGUCUGCAGGAUGCCUAUCCAGCAAUGCUGAAGUCCAAACGGGGCCUCAUCACUGUGGUCAUCUGCGUGGUCCUUUUUCUGCUUGGCUUGCCGUGUGUCACUGGGGCAGGUAUAUACUGGGUGAAUCUUAUAGAUACCUUCUGUGCUGGAUGGAUCCUGCUGGUGGCUGGUCUGCUGGAAGUCUGCGGCCUUUCCUGGAUAUACGGUGGGAACCGGUUUAUCAAGGACAUUGAGAUGAUGAUUGGUACCAAGAGCGCCCUCUUCUGGUUGUGGUGGCGGGCUUGCUGGUUCUUCAUUACUCCUGUCGUUCUCUUUGUCAUUAUUGGGUGGUCGCUGCACACUUUCACGGCUCCAACGUAUGGCUCUGUUGAAUACCCACAGUGGUCCAUUGCCCUGGGCUGGUGCAUGACUGCGUUCUGCCUCUUGUGGAUCCCAGUGGUGGCCGUCUGGAAGCUGGCAAAAGCCAGCGGAAGCCCCUGGCAGCGUGUCAGAUCAGUAUGCUUGCCCACAGAAGACUGGGGUCCCUACCUGGAAUGCCACAGGGGUGAUCGUUACUGCCAAGGUGGACUGAACAAAAUAGAUGUCUAUGUGAUUUCAAACAAAACCAAUAACAGAUUGUAA